AUGGAUCGAGGUGACCAAAUGGCGGGAUUAUCGGGUUCUGCGUCGUACUAUAUGCCGAGAGGAUUACCUGGUUCUGGAAACCAACAUGAGUUACUUAGUUCGGCGGGUAUUCGUCAACUAUCGAAUACCAACAAUUCACCCUUUCAAUCGAGUAUUGGUGGUGGUGGUGGAGGUACUAUUGGAUCUACGUUGCCGAUGGAUUCUUCUGGAAUUUCAUCCCAAAGUAUCAAUGUAGGCGGUCCUUCUGGGGGAGCUGCUUCAACUGGUGAGCCUGGCAAAAGGAAGCGAGGAAGACCGAGAAAAUACGGGGCUGAUGGAAGUGUGUCAUUGGCAUUGACUCCAACAACACCAGCAAGUCAGCCUGGGUCUGGAUCUGGAUCGCAAGGUCAGAAACGCGGUCGAGGACGCCCUCCAGGGUCAGGAAAGAAACAACAGCUGGCUUCUGUCGGAGGUUUGAUCACUAGUUCAGCUGGGAACGGUUUCACUCCUCACGUCAUCAACAUUGCGAUUGGAGAAGACAUUGCGACAAAAAUUCUGGCAUUCUCUCAGCAGGGACCUAGAGCUAUAUUUGUUAUGUCCGCCAAUGGUGCUGUCUCUACAGUGACGCUUUGUCAGACUUCGACAUCUGGGGGAUCUGUCACAUAUGAGGGGCGUUUCGAGAUACUAAGCCUGACCGGCUCCUACUUGGUUGCUGAUAACAAUGGCUUGCGAAACAGAACGGGUUCCUUAAGUGUUACUCUUGCAAGUCCUGAUGGUCGUGUCAUUGGCGGAGGCGUCGGUGGUCUGCUCAUCGCCGCAAGUCCAGUUCAGGUGAUAAUUGGAAGCUUUAUGUGGGGUGGACAAAAGGCAAAGAACAAGAAGAACGAAGAUUCAGAAAAUCAAGAAGUUGGCAUAGAGCAAGAUCAUCAUCAUCAUCAUCAUCAUGGGGUUCAUAAUCCGGUUGCAGUGAACAGCAUUUCACCGAACCAGAAUCUGACUCCGAGUUCUCUGAAUUCUUGGCCUGCAUCGCGUCCUUUGGAUAUGCGUAACUCCCAUAUGGACAUUGAUUUAAUGCGCGGGUGA